AUGCGGUUCCGCUAUGCGUUGUUCGUGGUUCUUGUGUGUUCAAGUGCCGCUAGUUCCGACCAACAAGAGCAGGAAGUUCAACUACAUCCAAGCGCAUCUCCUAGAAGAGGUCGUUUUCUCGGACUUCUUGGCCUGCUAACCGGAUUGACUUUGGUGGAUUCGUUGGACGACGGAGAUGGUCCACCUCGGAUACGGCCGCCCACCGGAAUAGUCAAGAUCAACAUUGGUCGACCGUUUGCGGAGUCCUUCUACCAGCACGCGUACGCGUACGCCAAUCCGUACUACUAUGGAGCAGUUCCGACGAUCAACAUCAAGAUUCCACUGAGACCGGACGGAAGUGUGCACGAAGGGUUGGAUGGGUUUGGGUUUGUUGGAAACGGUGGUGUUAAUGUCAAUACGGGACCGGCUGUUUUUCCUGGACAAGGGGGAGGAGUUGGUGCUGGUGGUGGUCAUUUUGGACUGCAUGCAGGGCAGAACUUGAUCGAACCAAGGCCACAGUUUGCGGAUGAACAGGUACCGGAAGUAACCGAACCCUCGGAGAAAAAAUCCCGUAAAGCAACGUCCAUUCCAAAAUCUAAGCGUUCAAAACUGCCAACAACGCGAAUAGUUCGCAGCACAGCACGCAACGAUUCCGUCGAAGACCAAACCGGAGAGGCAUCUGAAAACCAACUAGAGGACCUAAUCUCAACAACAACCAUCCCAUCAACUCCGGCCAUCCCGAACAAUGACCUGCCAGUGACGAGUUCCACCGAGGAACCGCUGGUCCUGCACGCAACGGCCAUUCCAGUUAUCGAGGACACUCAAGCAUCGCUACCGAUCGCACAGUCGUAUUACGUUCACCCAGGGAAUCACCAGCUGGACGUGGAGUCCAUUAGCCUAACGACUACUGGAGGUCCUCCCCUUCACGAAGGCAGAGAGUUCAAACCGAGUCGACCUGAUAAACUGCUAAACUUCUACAGCAACUCUGUGACCGCGUUUAGCCCGGACGAGUUCCGUCCCGUUGCGGCCGUUGGCUAGAACUUUUCAUUUUUAUUCGUAUU